AUGGGUCUGAAGAUGGCUGAAUUUGAACUUCCAGUCUCCAUUCCCUUUCGCGACUCGGCCCCAUCCGACGCCCCGUUCCUCCCGUACUGGGCCCGCUGCGGUGCGCAGGUCGCCCAAAACCUAUUGGCGAGCUCGGACGAACCCAUCGUGUACGAUCACGACGACGAAGAUUACAGAGACAAUUGUUUCUUCUUUCCGGAGGACUGCUCGUGGACCCCGCCGGACAAUUUCAGCUUGGACGCCCCCCGCUCGAUCUCCAAGGAAUCUCGCAAGGAACCUCCUUCCUCCCACCCCGAAACCGCCGUGAAUCGUACCACCGACAUCAUGCUGCCCGACUUACCCGAUAUCAAGAUGCUCGACUCGGAGGCGCUGGGAGACCUGUUGGAGGACAACCUCUCGCUCCCCGAGAUCACAACUAUUCUGUACGCUGGGCCGCCCUGCCCUGCCCCCCCCCCUCCCGGCGCAUGUUUCCAAGAGCUCCGACCAGCUAAUCAAAAUCACCUCAGUGUCUUCGCAACUAACGGCGCCGUAUUCGCCUACGCAUCCUCCCUCUCCUCUCGCCAAUUACGAAACCUCAGCGCGACCUACGGCGCCGCCUACACCUGCUACGCAAAGACAGCCUCGAGCGGCAACCUCACCGGCGUGAACCCCGCCUCCCACCCUUCUUCGUACGUGACAGCACAAUCAAUGCCGCUCGGUGACGUAGGCUCCAUCGUUUUCGAGCUGGAUGAUUCAGUGGCCGUGGUCACCCGCAUCGCAGACAAAGUACUUAUUGCCGCAGUGGGCCCUUCCAAAGCCGACCAGAGCACGGCCAACGGCGACGCCGACCCCCUCGGCCCGGAUAGCGGUACAGGCGACGCUCCAUCUGCGAAUGGGGCCACGUCAGAACCCCUUCAGGGCGAGCAGGGCGCGCGUGCUUCAACUCCGAAUCCCCCCGCACGGAACGGUGAUCUUGAUGCCCAACACGCGAUCGACCGAAGCGCCGAUCUCGCGCGUCUCGCCAGUCUGAACCUGUCGGCUGAGCCGGCGGUUCUGCUUGCGCUGGAGUCGAAGUGUGCCGCGCUUGGCCGGUUCCUUGGACAGAAACUGCGGGAUCUGGAGAGCCCGGAAGACUUUUGA